AUGACAAGCAUCUUCGCUGAGGUAAGUGCGGCUUUCCUCUAAGUCAGCUGACCACCCUGCAUUGUCCUAGUGGAGUCAACUGCAAACUAAAGUUUUUCCACUUUAUAUGUCUUUAAAAUGCCGUUGUACAUUUGAGAAUAAGAUUGAUUAUAAAUAACAAUGAUUAAAAGGAAAGAAAAAGCUGUCAGUGGUGUUGGGAACGGAGUCGUGAUUGUCUGCCAUCUCACGCCUCGUGAGCACAGGCUGGCUUAACAGGUUGCUCUUGUAUCAAAUCAGCAGUGCAGAUCAUUUCCGAAGAGGAGUCGGUUGGAUUAAUAAACUAUUGAAAGCAAGCAGCGCUGCAACCAAACUAACGCUGUCUUUAAAACUCAGCUCAGUGUGUACACAGCCCAUGCCGAGUGAUUUGACAGAGGUGUAUGAAUCUGCGUGCGUGUGCGUGUAUGUCAGACGCUCGAUGCUGGGUCAAAUUCAUAAAGGACUUUGAAGUGAUCUCAGCCGUAGUCAGGUAUCUCAACAGGUCGGUCCUGAAUGUCAGUGCAGAAUACUGUAGUUGGCUGUAGCCUCUGGUGCCUGGUGAAGGCUGUGGGCUAACGCACUAGCAGACAGACCUGGUUGGGGAGGUGGAGGAAAAGCCAAAGAUGCACCAAGGUCGUCUAAGGCUAAGACCCUGGCUGGAGGAGCAGAUAUACUCUGGAAAGUAUCCUGGAGUCAUCUGGCUGGAUGAGACAGCUGGGAUAUUUCAGAUUCCAUGGAAACACGCAGCUCGACAUGGUUGGAAUAUUGACAAGGACGCCACUCUGUUUCGGAACUGGGCAAUGCACACAGGCAGAUUCAAGCCUGAAAUUGACAAGCCUGAUCCCAAGACAUGGAAAGCCAACUUCCGAUGUGCUCUGAACUCCUUGCCAGAUGUGAGGGAACUUCAUGAUAAGAGCAUUAAAAAAGGAAACAAUGCCUUCAGGGUCUACAAGAUCCUACCGUCCACUAAAACUCCUAAACGCAGGAAAGUAGGGUUGAGAAAGUCUGAAUCAGAUAUUCAGUGUGAUGGAGGUGGACUGUUCUCCAGUCAGCCAGACACCUGUCCCUCACUUGAGAGGUUCACAGAGGCCUUCUAUAAGUACACAGGGGGUGAGGAUGAGUAUGGUUCUGGAAUCUUCCACAGCAGAGAUCCUUGCGUGACCUCGAUCACCCUGAGCAAUGACCCCCCUGAGACCUUCCUCUCACCGCUGCCUCUCUAUCCCCAAACAAUCGGAAACACAGACCUUUCUAUGGGGGGCAGUGAGCACUCACAAGCUGUUCUGAAGAUAGUAGACCACCUGAAGACCAUAGAACCAGCGUACGAUAGUUACAGAGGCUGGAGGCCAUCUACCACACCAUGGAACCCUAUAUACUAUAACAUGUCUUCUGAUGCAGCUGAUGGAACAGACUACCCUGGAUAUUCAGUGCAGACAGAUCCACACAUAUAUAGUGGACAGUAGAAGCUACCAAUCAGACCAAUCAUUUAGCAGUUUGCUGAACUUCCAACAGCUAAUGAUUUUAGGUCACUCCAGAGAAUGGGAUCCCCUAUGCCAGCAACAAACUUCUUUUAACCAGCAGCAGGGUCCAACCCCUCAGAUUUGCAUCUGCAUGGUGUUACGGCAACUACAGACCUCCAAGAGCACAAAUCUCAACUAAGCCUGAUUACUGGAUGACACGGAUGUGGAAUAUCAUGUAGCUUUAUGGAUAUUACAAUUUUUUAGAAUGAAUUUGUUCCCUAUUUUUGAAAACAUGGAUAUUUUUAUUGCAAAAAAAGUUUUGAUAUUCAGACAUAAUCUACAGUUUUGUGCAUUAGCAUUUGUGCUACAAGUGUGCAUUAAAGCAAUUGAAUAUGUUAAAGUA